UUAUAUAUAAAUUGCACAGAUAACAGAAACUGCACCAUUCAGAAAUUGUCACACGGCGUUACACGAUGAAGGGAUUGGUGAUUGUUUGCAUCUUCUCCAUUACCGCCGCAUUAGCAGUAUUGGAUGACUGUGUCACCGACGAUGACUGCACAUGUGCACAGGGAUUGUUUGUCCACUGCCACCUUAACAAGUGCCGUUGUCACCAUAGCACCCACGAGUGUAAUCAUUACUAUGACUGCACGUGUGAAGCUGACCACCAUGCCACAUGUGACAAUCAUCUCUGUCAUUGCCAUCCAAACUCACCGGAUUAUUCAACCAAAGGACUCACGGCGGUUGUGACCAAUCAACAGGGGAUGUUUAUUCCUCCUAGACACCCAAUCCACCUCUGAUAUGUCCAUGGAUCUUGAUUUGCCUUAUUCUUUAUUUUGUAUUCUUUAUCGUUAUCACCCCCUUAUUGGUAGCUCUUUGGAACAUGCAGAUCUUCAUUUCUAUCUUGCAUUCGGUUAAGGAUUUUGUCAUGCAAUGGGAUGAAUAUAAAAAGGAAGACAUUAAAAA